UUGCACAAAGAACUCCAGCAAGGAUGUUGUUCCAAACAUCUUCGAGAACUUACCACUGAUCUUCUAUGGAUGUAGGCUUGCUCAAAUCUUUCUGUCCAUCCUGGGUUUUUGGUGCAGUGUGAAUUGGGGGUCUCAGACAGAGACCCGGGAAAUUCCUGGGUUUAUUGACCCGGGUCAUAUCCAUGUAUUUCCCUGCUCUUAUGUCUGAAAGGGAUAUCAUCUGCAAACUAGGCCAUGCUCCACUUUACCGUGAGUAAAACCCACAGCCGCAACGUUUUGCUAUUUAAUUUAGAAUUAUGCUUUAAGUUAACACGGAUCUCAAUGGCAGACAUCACAGCUUUUAGUUGGGACCUCCAGAGUAGGUGAUAACUAUGAAUAAGUCAUUAUUUUAUUGUUACAAAGCCAGGACAUGGUGCAGCAGCUCUGGUACACCAAAUGAAUAAUAAUAUAUGGACAAUAAAAACACGUUAAAAUUUUCAGUAAAAACCCCAAAAUUGGCUUCAUUAUGUGGGACAGGUACCUUACAUAGUUCAUGCAAUAUAGACUUAACACAUGACCUACUGUAAGUGUGAUUAAACCUUUUAUAAUAUCAUUGAAUUGUGCAAACUAUAUUUUGUUUUGUUGAUAGUACCCUGCGAUAUGUGCAGAAAAUUGCUUAGUGGAAGAGCAUUUAUAUUAUGCACAUGGCUAGAUAUUCUCUGUAAAGCGCUUCAGAAUAUGUGUGCACUAUUUAAAUAUGUGGUAAUAAAUGAUUGUUGUAUGUAUUCCUCAUACUUCCAGUCUUAUGCUUCUGAAGACAUGUGCGUAGAGAGGUGUGCCCGUAGUAUUGGCCUCUGCCUCGUUUUCCUGGCUCUGCUUUCUAUUGCUGCAAACCUUUUCCUUCUCUACCCCAACCUUGAUGGCUUGUACCUGAGAAAGAACCAAAUCAGCGAAUAUGCUGGAAGCGUGCGGGGAGUUUGGGCAGGGGGACUCCUGGUGUUACUGGCUGGUAUACAAAUCACAGUCGCCGGCUUUAGAGUGAAAAGAUUGUCCUGCUGUGGACCUCGCUGUGAUAUGCUGUUGUCUGGUAUUUUCUCUUCCGUGGCUAUGGUUGGAGCUGCAAUUUCCCUUUUAACAUCUGUAGCUGGACUUUUCCAUGGUCCAUAUUGCUUAUACACGGUGAACGAUGGCACCAGAGAGAAGUGGGGUUAUCCUUUUAGAAGUACUGACUCAAACAUCAACAGCAGCAUCUCUACGUCAGGCAUGUCCUCCAUUUGCAUUGAGCCUCCAUCAAUCUUGACCUGGAACUCUGCUUUCUUCCUGUCCCUGUCCCUAAUCAACAUGUUGCAGAUUGUGCUGUGUCUUUCCCAGUUCUUGAAUGCCUGUCUUGGGGUGGUCUGCGGACAAUGUGAGCAGAAAAAGUGACUCCCCGAUGACCUUGUAAGUCAAGUCUGUGACCUCACUCCAGCUUCUGCCCUGAUCUGAACUUGUUACAUAGCACAGACGUGCCAGGUUGUGCCCAGAGAUGAUCUGGUAGGAUUCAGUGGCUCUGCCCAGAACAGCGAUAAAGAAAAGGAAGAUCUGUCCUGUAAAGUCAUUGUACAGUGGACAUGGGUUCAUUGAUCGAUGUCCGGGCAGGUGGGCUCUCUCCACUGCAUACAUGUCCUCCCACUGCAGGAAAACACAGUGUGCUUUUAUUCAUUUCUUCUUAACACAUUAAUACAUACAAUUCUAUGGAAAAAAUGUGAAUAUACAGCAUGAAAGAUAUAUAUAUAUAUAUAUAUAUAUUGUAACACUGUAGGGGUGCAAGGUGCCUUUUCCUGGGGAAUAUGGCAGCACGCAGCAGCUGAGGGACAACACAAGUCCAGUUUCUGGUACAACUGACCCCGGCCAGUUUUAUUGAAACAGAAAAUAAAACAAACCCCAAAAUAAAAAUACCUUGCCUGUCCGGCACUAACUAAACAUAAGAUGUUCCUAACUGUCACUAAACAAAACACAGAGUUCUUCAGUACAUACUGUAUAGCUUACUUGCAUCAGAAAGCGUGUCUCUCACACACAGAUCCUGCAGCCUUCCCAGGCAGUCUGCCCAUACUAAUCAGGUUAGAAGCACUAUAUCACUCUUACACAGCUGAAACCCUGAUUAGCCCUCUGUGAGGCCAAAGACCCGAACUGGGCCCAAUGUCUAGAACUCGCCUUAUCUCUCUCUCAGAGCCUUUACCCAGCUUUUACAGCAAACUGAAAAGGUUCAGACAAAACAAAAAGCAUUUUUCC